AUGUCACGGAGGCCAUUGGUCAUAUUCAACAAUCAUCACCCCGUGAACGGAAAGUCCCGGCCGCCCACUGAUGGGGCCACUUCUUUGGAUAGGGAAAGUAGCAGUCCAGCAUCACCUAGCUCAACCGCAUCACCUGGAUCAACAGACACCGCCACUACAUCUUUCCCCCUCAACGACAUUGACUACGAGUCAGACCCUGCUGCUGUGGCCCAAGAACUCAACAAUCUUGCCGCUAUCCGACGAAUGUCCAUGGAUGUAGCUGCCACGGGUGAUCCUGACCUUCCGAGCUUCAACUCCGAUUUUUCCGUACCACCCUCCCCCUCCGCCGACGAAAAUGACGCUGCUCGGUUAUUUUGGGUUCCUGCACGUCUGCAUCCAGAGUUAGCCCCUAAGGAGUUCAAAUCCUUCCUCGAGAGUAAGACGGAGCAAAUAAAGCGGAGAUCUGGUGACUUCAACUCCCUAGGACCGGAACGCCAAGGAUCAAGUGGAGGUCUUAGGCGGAAAAGGUCUAUGUUGUCUAGACAAAUCGACAAUUCUCAUGGCUAUACGGAUGGCGCAGAACGGUUAGAAAGAAAACGAUCUCAGUCGAGACGGGAUCCUCUGACCCCUAAUCUACAAGAAUUGGAAAGCUUGGUAGAUAAUUCUAAACCGCGAAGUACGAGUCCUGUUACUUUGUUAAAUGAAAUUCAGAACCUCGGAAUCACGGCAGAUGAAGACAGGCCGAUCCUUCCACCCGCGCCCCCAGGUCACAGUCUUAGACGAUCCACGAGGACUCAAUACAGAAAGGCAGGAAGUUUGAAAAAGGGUGAAAAGCUCCCUUAUUCCAAGCGAUUCGCAAAAGCCUCCGACUUGAAGGAGGGUACCUUAUCAACUGCAAAUUCCUUUGGUGAACAGGCUACCUCGGGUCUCACCCGAGUAUCAACCGAUCCCACUCCCAGCAUAACCCGAAAUCAGGCCUCGGGAAUACCUGCUCAGUCCGCAGCAUCACCCUCUAACGAAACAACCCGCUCCGCGCCUGAAUCUGUCUCGGACCAGCCGCAGUCUGGAAAUGACCGGCCAAGUGAGUCCUCAACAGUGGAAACUGGGGGGCAAACAAAUGCAUCCUCGCAGACACGUCAGUGGCACUCGCGCCUUAGCUCAAAUGGGCGGUCAACUUUGAACAUUCCGCCUACAGAACAAAAGAUUCCAGAGAUUAUUGAGACCCCUCCACCGGAAUCUAACGCAGCACCUACGACCCAAACCUCACUGUCAAGUGCCACCUCUGGGCGCGGAUUCGCUCAUGACUCCCCAUCGCCAUCGUCUUCGCCGGCGAAGGGAUCAGGGAACUACGAUCAAAGUUCAAGCAAAUGGUCACUACACAACCGCAUGCAUAGCAAGGACAGCGCGAGCACCCUUAGUGACUUCGCUAACAGUCCUCAGGCUCUGCCAGGAAAUAGCACCCGGACAGAUAGUCUUUCAUUCAUUCCUACCUUGUCAGAGGAACGCAAGCCUGAAACGAAGAAAUCGAAGGAUAAGAAGGAGUCAGAAGGUAGCCGCAAGUCGAGCUGGCACUGGCUGUUAGGCAGCGAGGAGAAAGACAAGGACAAGGACAAAGAAAAGAAAAAGGACAAGGAGAGCGAUGCUAAGAAGAUUAAAGCCAAACUAGUUGAUAAAGUCCAUGAGACAGCGAACGCUCUCCCGUCUUCUAACGAUUCAGGGCAACGUGGACGUGAGAGCCUUGUCUUGGACCGGCUCGACCCUAAAUUGGAAGAAGAACGUCGAAAGGACCAUGUUAGAAGGACUUCGGGGGAGUCAAAGAAAGAGAAGGAGUCCGGCUUGUUCUCUUCAUUAUUUGGAGGUGGCAAGAAAAAGAGCAGUACCGAUAGUCAUCAUAAGAAAAGCUCAUCUCGGACCUUGUCUCCUGACCCGCCACCACGGGAACUUCGGCCUGAUGUUGAUUAUCCUUGGACCCGUUUCACCAUUCUGGAAGAGAGGGCUAUUUACAGAAUGGCCCACAUCAAGCUUGCGAACCCCCGGCGCGCGUUGUACUCACAGGUUCUACUCAGCAACUUCAUGUAUUCGUACUUGGCCAAGGUACAACAAAUGCAUCCCCUAAUGCUCGCUUCGUCGGCAUCGCAGAGACAUCAGAAGGCAAGGGACCAACAGGAUGAUUAUUCAGGGUACCAGCAAUAUCAAGAGCUACACACCCGUUAA